GCUGAAUUUCGUUGUCGAACGCAAUUGGUGGAUUGUAGAUCGCUUGGCAUGAGCAACAAGAGGAAGGAAGAGCACCUGCCAGCAGGGUUCUUCGACGACCCCGUCGCGGAUGCCAAGGCGCGUAAGUUGAACGUCAAGGAAGAAGUAGCGAAAGCUCAGGAGCGAGAAUGGCAGGAUUUCCAGAAUUUCGUUGCGUCUGUGGAGACUGAGGAAACGAGCGAAGAGAAGGUCAAGACUGCGGCGGAGGAGGCGGAGGAAGUGGAAGCGCUAGAGAAACUGCAGCAAAUGCAGUAUAUGAACAGAGUCCGAAAGACCAUCUUGCUCGUGACAAAGGCAGACGCAAGUGAAGUCAAGGAUGAAGACACGGCGGAGCUCGAGAACGUUGAAGACCCCACCGUCGACUCUCCCGCUGAAAUCGUCGCCCAAGUCAUGGAGAAGCGAGCUGCAUUGGAAUUGAAUCGAAAAGCCCUUGACGAUGCAGAGAAUGCCACAGACGACGACGACAAUAUAUUGGACUGGCGGGCCAAGCAGUGGUGAGCGCAUGGACUGAGACUAUCAAAGUGCCCUUGUACCUCUUGCGAUUCCGUUGCUGAAGAGUUCUAAAUUGUUCUCGUCCAUUCCGAAGCUGGAGUUAUAUUUGAGAUAGCAGCUGGCACAGAAGCAUUUGAGUUUCGCCAGCAACUCACUACGACUCGGAUCAAAUUGUUGGAACAACUUUCUUUUUUACAAGCGUCGCAGAGUCACUUAAUUUUAUAGGAAAUUAGUGAUAAGGUACAAAAUAAUGCCGCAUCCGAUCAUCAGCACCGGCGUGUCCAUCGUGUGGGGCGCCGUCGCUUCUGCGUACGCCAUUGUAGGUGGCAGCACCAACAUAGCCACGAGAACUUGGGUGAAGCUACCAAAGUCGGCGUAUUGGAUUGCGGGAAAGAUCAUCCCCGACAGGAACACGCACGCCGAUCCUUCCCAGCUGCGCGUGUACUUGCGUGUCGAAAAGCAACCGGCUGUCUUGUACUUGUGCUUGCCCCAUGCAAUGCCGACGGGCUCCGCCAAACCGUCACCGAUACCAGUGAUGUAGAUGAUAAUGAACGUGAGCGCACCUUGUUCGCCAAAGAGCCACUUGAAGAAGAGCAAGAUGAACAGACCAGGGGCAAUGUUUCCAGCAAUGAUCCACUUCAACGUAUGUGGUCGAUCUUCGGGGCGAUCCAGCGAGUUGAAUUGUAGCAUGAAAAACGACAUAUUCUCGCGAAAUGGCUUGAUCAGGACGAAGAACCCCAACAUCGUGAAGAAAUCACCCCAACCGAGGGCCAGCGGGCCGUGGUAGUUGCUCUUAAUGACCAAAGGCACCAUGUACGCGGCGAAAUGUUGCAGCUUUCGGGUGUAGUUGACCUUGAACGCCGAGUUCUUGUUCGUGAUGAUGUAACCCUUAUCAUCAACUGUGCAGAAGCAUCGGCAAAUGAUACCACCGAUCAACGACACGAGCAUCAUGCAGCCGAGCUUCGGCAGCUGCAUGAGCCAGAACGUAGGAUCCGUGAAGUAUUCCGGGGAAAAGUAGUACGUCAAUACAACCAUGACCGCCAGGUACAACAGCAUGAAGAUCAAAAACACCAUGUCGAAUGUGUUGACCCAGCUGUCUUCGUAGUCGCCUGCAACUUCACCUUCUUCACACAGCGACGACUUUUCCUUUUUGAUCGACGUCAACGAUAGCUUUUCGUCCGUGGCGCCGUACUUGGGGCCGGCAAAUUUGGGUAGAGCUUGACCUUGGGGCACUGGCCAGAUCCAUCGCAGUAGCACAAAGAUGAGGAAGAGGGUCACCACAGGCAGCAAGAUGAUGGUGAGGCGUUGCGCUAGCGAGAUGUCGUCUGCCCAACUGUUGUGGGGCACAACCGGUGCCGCCGCCGUGCUCAUCGAUGACGUCGGGGGAAG